AACGAUAAGGCUAUGAAAAGAAUCGAGAAACCGAUAUGAAAUAUAUUAGUAGGACCAGGUCAAGCGAAUGAAGCUCCUUCGAAAAGAUCGAGGCCGUGAAAGGCACCCGCUUUAAAUUCGGUUUGGGUUGUUCAAUGAUGUGCUCGUUUGGCAUUGCUUCAGCGUCGAUACCGAAGCCGGCCUUGUCGCCUUGGACGACUACCUCCAAGAAGUUCUUGACACAACCUGCACCAUGGAACAGUGGGUGUGUCUCGACGAAAUUCCCAAGCAAAUUACACCGACCCUUUAUUCAAUUUCAAAGAUAUCAUAUAGCUGCAUGCUACAAGCAACAUAUUUGUCGUCAGCGUUUGACCUGCUUCCAACGCUCAUUGAUUUUUACAAACUGCGGGGGCUUUAAAUAUUGGCAUCUACCUGGUUUCCUCGACGAUACCUCAAUCGAAGAAAAGGAGGAUUGGCUGCAAAACCUACUUCAAGAUAAAGAGGAUCUGUCUGAUACCGAGGCUUACCUAGUUGUUUUACGGUCGUUGGCAACGUCCACCCAACCAGAUGCACCAAUGAAAGCUGAGCGAUGGCUACGACGUUUGGAAGCUCGUUCAGUAUCGAAUCCGGAUGCACCUCAGCCCACCACGGAGUGCUAUCAAAGAGUAAUCGAAGCUUGGGGUCAAGCCACUAACGAAGACCCAAACCUUUUGAUUACCCGCACCCAGCGAUGGCUUAUGAAGCACCUGCGAAAUGACAACAUUGAUUUGCGACCCGACACUGCCUGCUUCAACUCUUUCCUGGACUUAUGUUCGAAAGGUCGCGCUUUGAAACGGGCAAAGGCAACAGACGGAAACCUGGUGAGGGAUCACGCUUUAAAAGCAGAACAAACGCUGCGUUUGAUGAUUUUCAAGAGGAGGAAAGAAGGGGAAGAUUCUUCCAUGGCCCCAAAUGUUGAUUCGUUCAAUUUUGCUAUUCGAGCAUGGACGCGUUGUCGUAGAAGUCCUGACAUCGCGGACCGAUCAAUCUCAGUAUUGCAUUUGCUGGAAAAUUAUGAAAAAACGUUGGACUCGUCGGUACGUCCCAAUGUCAAAUCGUAUGCCAUGGUGAUGGAUUCCAUUGCUGUGGUCGCUAGACUUAAAGUGAAACGAUGCCAAAGUAUGCCGAAAACCGUGGAAAACCCAUCGACUAACGGUUUGAACGAGAUCAAUUUGCUUCAAGAAGUAGUCUCAUAUAUGAGAAAUCAAGCCAGCCUUGGAAAACAUCACUUGGCGCCGAACGGAGUCAUUUUCAACACUCUUAUUUCUUGUUGGAGUUCUUUGGCUAAAAUUCAUUCUCAUGCCCCAAACGAAAGCGAGAAAAUACUGCAAAGCAUGAUACGCAUGAAAGACAUGGGGGAGAAUCACACGGCUCCCGAUGCUACAUCUUAUCUGAUGGUGAUGCGGACAUGGCUUAAUUCACAACAGAGUAUUCGUGCCGAACGCAUAUCAUGGUGGUUGUCAAAGCAAUGGAAGGAUUAUGACUUCGAGGGCGACGAGGGGCUUCGGCCAAACACUACUACAUACAACCUUGUCAUGCGCGCCUGGGCGGAAAAGGGAGAGCCAAAGCGUACGGAAGCGCUCCUCGCUGAGCUCAUUGGUCAUUCAGAAAAAGACCGAGCUGGCAACCUGUUCCCUACAUCCGAAUCCUACACGCUGGUCAUUCGUGCGUGGCUCGUUUUGGCGAAUAGGGGUGAUAAAUCAGGCUUUGAAACAGCUGCUUAUUGGUUUUAUUGCUUGGAAGCACGCGAGAGAGACGAGAGCGGAUUGGUGGCUCCUAGCGAAUUUUAUACUUUGUUAUUGGCUGCCGGUCGAAAGUGUGCCUCUCAGCACCCUGACAUUCUCGAAACUGCUGUAAAGAUCUUUGAUCUGUUACGAGAAUCUCACCAUCGUGUCGACUGUUUACACUACUCGAGUUUGCUACAGAUAGGACUACUAGCCCUUUCGCGAGCAGAACAAAACAAAGUACGACAGGCGUUUAUUGAUGAAAUUUUCAAAAAUUGCUGUGAGGACGGUCUCGUCAGUAGCCAUUUUCUACAGGCUCUCGCGAACGGCCCCGUCUACUACGAUGGUUGGACGGUUGAGGAAAGCCAGCGCACUCUAAAGCGUAUCAUUCCCUGUUGGCCUCUUCCAUAUACAUGGACGAGAAAUAUUAGACAAAAAGGCUUCUUCCCGCAGCGACAAGGAUUGAGAAGAAGUAACUUUGUUUGCUCACCGCACGGAAAGGACCCAUACAAGACCUAA